CGACACGUUGCCGGAAAGAACCAAACAACGAGCGCUCUUUACUGUCUUACAAGAGCCUGCACGAUGGCGACUGAACAAAGCAGAGAAGAUGAAUUAGCGGCCGAAGCCGAAGAAUUGGACGGCUACUUUAGCGAUACGCCACUCGAUCCGCAACCGGAUUACCCACAGUUACGGGAAUCCUUCGAAUCGGCCGUGAUCAUCACCAAUUUGCCCAAAGUCGGAGAGUCCAAGAUGGAUAAACUGACCAAAGUCGUCAUGAAGCUCGUAUCCCGCAUUGGCACGCUGGUAGAAAAUCCGGAGACGGGCUUCACCGGCGUUUUGAUGCCGCACGACAAAGACAACGACACUACCAUGGGGUUUUGCUUCGCUGAGUAUACUACCAAGGAAGAAGCCAAAAACGCAGUGGAAGUCUUGCAGGGUUACAAGUUUGACAAAAAUCAUUCCUUGUCCGUCACGUUGUACGCUCGCGCGGAACAAUUGAAAGAUUUGGACGUGAAAGAGUUCCAGGAACCGCAACCUACUCCUUUUCAAGAAAAACCCAACGCCAUGUCCUGGCUCGAAGAUCCUAACCAACGUGACUCUUUCGUUAUUCGACACGGCAAGGAGACCGUUGUCAACUGGUUUGAUGGUAGGAACGAUCCCAUACUCGACUACGAUGGUGCUCGCGAGAAGGAAGCCGGAGUGCAGUGGUGCGAGUUUUACUGUCACUGGAGUCCAUGCGGAUCUUACCUAGCAACACUUGUCCCCGACCGUGGUGUCAUUCUUUGGAGCGGGGAAAACUACGAAAAGUCGGGACGAUUUGUCGCUCCGGGCGUCAAGCACAUUGUCUUUUCGCCGGAAGAAAAUUACAUCUUGACGAAUAACGAUGAUCCAACCGAUCCGGGGGCCAUUAAAGUUUACCAUAUUCCGACGGGCAAGUUGCUACGGACCUUUCCGCUCUUCCCCGACGGUGUAGCAACCGAUAUACCGCCACCUCCCUUUCUGUGGAGCCACGACGAUCAAUAUCUUGCUCGAAUGGGCGACGGUCUCAUUUCCAUCUUUGAAACGCCAGGCAUGCGAUUGCUCGACAAACGGAGUCUGGCAGCCGAAGGAAUUUGUGAAUUCCAGUGGAGUCCUAAAGCCAACGUUUUGGUCUACUGGGCCCCCGAAGCUGAGAAUUCUCCGGCACACGUGGAUGUUAUCGAAAUUCCGAGCCGAAAGAAACUUCGUCAAAAGAAUCUCUUCAAUGUUUCACGCUGCAACAUGGUCUGGCAGGAACAGGGCGAUUACUUAGCUGUCAAGGUUACUCGGCAUACUAAGAGUAAGAAAACUCUGUACAACAAUAUUGAGCUGUUUCGCUUGAACGAACCCGGCGUGCCAGUUGAAAUGCUCGAUACCAAAGACGCCGUCAUGGCCUUAUCCUUUGAACCGCGAGGUUCUCGUUUUGCCAUGAUUCAUGCCGAGAAUCCGAGUGCAUCCAAGGUAAACGUUUCGUUUUACGACAUGAUGAAACGAGAAAGCCAAUUUACGUACGUUCCGGAACUCAACAAGAUCGAAACUUUGGAGGGGAAGCAAUGCAACGUCAUCUUUUGGAGCCCGGCUGGUUCGAAUAUUAUUUUGGCGAGUCUCGGUGAUACUGCAUCUGGUACUCUUGAGUUCUACGACGUUGAUAGCAAGUCGCUAGUAGUGAAGGAACAUUAUCGAUCCAACCAGGUUAUUUGGGAUCCCGACGGUCGAAGUGUUGCUACUGUUGUGUCACAGCCAAUCGAAGGUGGACAUUUCAAAUUUGCUAUGGAUAACGGGUACAUUAUCUGGAGUUUUCAAGGGAAGCAGUUGUAUCAACAAUCGUUCGAGACAUUUUACCAAUUUCUAUGGCGUCCUCGCGAACGUCUUUUGUCCAAGCCAGAGAUUCGCAAAGUCAAGAAAAAUCUCAAAAAGUACGAAGAACAGUUUGAUAAGGCGGAUCGGGAACGACAGCGUGCUCUGUACUUGGAAGAGACCAAGGGAAAGCGUUCCGAACGCGCAAAGAUCCGUGAACUUCUCGCUCGAAACCGGGCUAUCCGACGAAAGCAGCGUGCCGAGUACAUUGCCCUGUUGGGAGGGUAUGACUCGGAGGACGACUCUCACUAUGUUAUCCGAGAUCUUACUAUUGAGACUGUGCUUAGUACGAAGGAGGAAGUCGUUACGUAGUAUAUUCUAGCUGUUCAAUUAUAAAAAGGC